GUUGAAGUACGUACAAAGGGAAGGCUUCAUUAGGUUCGAUUACGGAAGCAAUUUCGGCCAGUGACUUUGUAUCAACCGAAGGACCAGCCAGCUCCUCCAGGCCAACCUUCUCGUGGACACUGAUAAGUUGAUUCUAUGGAGCUACAGUACAUUGCAAUCGCGCAACCGAAUGGAACAUAAAUUUGCGUGGACUGCAUUUCCUCAGAUACACCGGUAUCUCCACUGUGGACGAUGUGUGCCGCAGCCUGUGACUGUGGACCUUGGCGUUCAACGGCGAACGCCCUUUUUUAUCCCAGACCAUAAUCCACAUAUGGAUCAUCGUUGGUAUAUAAGGUGCGUCUCUACGAAAAUUUAUGCAUCAUCUAAACAACUUCACACCCUUCCGUCCCAUCAUGCAAGCCACUUCCCAAUUUCCAUUUGCAAAUCUUUCGUCGGAACUCGUCCUUCUCAUCUUUACACACGCUGCAAGGCCUACUUUCUUCAAAACUGGCGACGACUCGGAUGUUUCGAAGAAUCCAUAUGCAUCCGCCCUCUCACUAUGCCGCGUCUCCAAAAUCGUCAGACGCACCGUCCUUCCAGAGCUCCUGCGCACAAUAUUGCUCCCGGGAUACAACAAUGUUACGGCUUUCGUCCAUGCUCUGCGCAUGCAGCAAGCAUUCGCUCUACAUGAAAAUGACCUCCGUUUCGAUUACGCUGGUCGUAUAGAUAGGAUUUGGUUUGGACAAAUCUGCGAACCUCCCCCACAAGCUCCCUUGUAUGGCAGCUUUGUCUCAUCCACCACGUCUGAGCGUGACAUUGACUUCAGCCUACUGGCACCAGUGUUGCUCUCUGCACCCUCCCUUGCACUAGACUUUGAAAGUUUGUGGCUUCUCUACGGUUGCCUCGAGUCCGCAUGGAGCUCCCACAUCAAUAUGAACGACCCAGAACGUGCUCCUCUCCCUUGGCGCGCCGACAAUUUGACAUUAGUAGGGGAAUUCAAUCGAUGGCGCCCUCUCACAAGUACUGCCGAGGGAUCCGCUUUCCUCGCCUCCAUUUCACGUCUCUCCUUCCUCUCUCCCUCAAGAGCAGAAACUCAUCUACUCCCUACCUAUGAUCCCUGCUUCAACGAUUUGGAACAUUGGAAAUACCCACUGCCUGAGUGGAUGACAAGCGUCCCAUGGGAUUCGUUUAAACGCCUUCAAACAGUUUCGCUGGUGCUACCGCGAAUCGUGCUCACGGUUGCUGCGAAGACGAGUCUGAGCGAGGAGAACGUGGAUGUUGAACUAUUGACGUUGUUCGAUCCCCCACGCUCGACCUACUGGGAACCCAAGGACAUCAGCGCUUACAUCGAGAGUGGAGAAGGUUGUGUUGUGUCUGUUGGUGUUCGUACCAAGUUGGGGGAUUCUUCCAUCCAGUUCACUGUUUCCUUUGAUUGGGAGGAAGCUUGGGCAUGCGGACUACUUAAGUAGCCCCCAAAGAUGUUUUUCUCAUCCAUAUUUUAGUGUUUUCUUCGUUCACACGUAGCUUAUUUCCAGGUUGAAAGCUUCAAUCCUUUUCCUCUAUCAUGCCCGGCCUUUUCCCUCGUUUACUUUCAGGACCGUAUUUGUGCUGGAGGUUCUGGUUCACUUCCAGUGGUGCUGUGUUGUUAUUUAUUGAAGUAUCAAUGUUCUUUAUGAAUCGACGAGUCUUAAAGAACGAUUUUCAAGUAUUCAUCAUUGGUGCUACUCCAAAAAAUUCAUGAACAAGUAUCUAGGCCAAAGUACACUUCCACCUGACUAGUGGCCAUAGAAGGGGCCCGGCCGCGAGUCAAAUUGAAGGCUGACAGUCAGUGUGAGCUUCGUUGCGGGUCCGACGGCCUUACUUAGACUAUUGAGGUUUGUCAGCAUGAAAUGAUCU